GCUUUGCCCAUUCUGAGCUAUCAUAGAAAUAUGACGGGCCAACGAUAUACAGUUACAACAAACAGAAUUAUGAUUAUAUUCCAUUUCAAAUCCCACACGCCCGACCUCAUUGAGUUCACAAGCACCCACUGUAUGUUACAGUUUCAUUUUAGUUCCAUUUAUGGCGUGCAGGGAGAGGGAACCGUCGAUAGUGAGGAAAACUUUGCAUUAACGCGAGAUCUGCGGCCAGGAUUGUGUUGGACAGACGCUUCCACCACAAGUGUGACUGACGGGAAGUCAAGACACACGCCGAAUCAGCUGCAAUGACUCGUCUGAGACUUCUCCUGGUUUCCGCGUGGCUCAGUGUCACUGUGAGCACAGGGAUGGACGUGCAGAAGAGAAUCGUCGGAGGUAACGAAUGUGAGCGUCACUACCAUGUCCACCUGAGGAUAGUUUUUGCUGAUGGAAAGAGCUCCUUUUGUGGCGGCACUCUGAUCAGUGACCAGUGGAUUGUGACUGCUGCUCACUGUCACGAGCCCGGUUGGACUAUGUAUGCAGAUUUAAGUGGGGGUGUAGAUGGAGGAGAGGAAAUCACAGCAGCACCUGUGAAGUAUGAAGACGUCCAGAAAAGGCCUCAUGACAUCAUGCUGCUGAAGCUUCCACAAGCCACGACGAUUAAACCUGUUGGACUUCCAGACUGUGACAAACGUCCUUUAACAGUUCAGAUUGCAGGACACGCGGCAACUAGUGGAAAACCUGAUGGUAAAAGGAAUCCAGCUCUUACACCCAAGCUCCACUGUGCAGACUUCAAUGUGGUCGACUGUAAAAGCCUCAUUCAGACAAUGCUGAAAGAUUUCCCAAAACAAUACAAAGUCAAGGCGUAUCAGCACUGGAUCUGUGGCCAAUCUCCUGGGGUGGAUGUAUGUUAUGGAGACUCUGGUGGAGGAGCCGUGUUCCGAGAUGAGAUUUAUGGAGUCCUUUCUUUUCUUGGUGAUCCUAAUUAUGUAUGUAGAAAAGAAAGUGCAGUCAUGGAUCUUUGCAAUCAAGACUACAAAGAUUGGUUUAACAAAACUAUUAAAACCUGACAGACAACAUGUCCACGCUAUGCUGUGGUUGACUGUAAAGACUAGAAUCAAUGAGAAACAUUGUUUGGUCUCUGUUGUUUUAACCCAUAAAUAAAAUCAUACAAAUUAGAAA